CAUCCAUCCCAACCACGGAGUUGAAAGCCUGAAAGGUUUGCCCUUAACGAAUGAAUCAUUCGUUCGUUCUUCGACUGCCUUUAGUGCCUUUCCUUUCCUCUCGCCCUCAUGGUCUCACAAUCACAAUCAUCUUUUCGUUUUCUCGUUAUCACAGUUUUUUAAAGCUUUUGAAGAAUAAUUUCUUUUUAUUUGAACUUUUUAAAAGCCGAAUGUAAAAGAAAAUUGUGGUGUGCUUGGGUAUUUUGUUGCGUAUGUUCUCAUGAAAGCAGAUUUCGUUACUGAAUAAUAUUUUUACGAUUGCUGAGGCCUUUUCUACUUCAUCUCUUGGUGAUUGAACAAAGAAAUCGAAAUAAAAACCAUGGGCUUCAAGAAGACGACUAAAGCGUCAGCUGAUCAACCUGAGCCAAGCAAAUUGAUCAGAAGUCAGUUUAAAGAUGUUAUGGUCAAAGUCGAGGACGACGUUUACUAUCUGGAUCGACUGCCAUUAGCUUUAAAAUCGGGACAUUUCAAGAAAUUAUUCGCCGAAGGUGAAAGCGAUUUGAUAGAAAUCCCUCGGAUGGAUAGUAAGACAUUUUCCGCCGCAGUUGACAUCAUGUAUGGUGAAACUUUGAAAUCCGUCAUGGUUGGUAAUACGAUCAAUAAUUUUGUAUCUUUGCUGACGGUUAUGGAUUAUCUACAGAUGGAUACCGAUACAGAAACUUAUAAAUCUUUCGUUACUGAAGAGUUGGAUUCUAGCAGACCAUUCAAUAAAGAUAUAUUCAAAUUAUAUAAUUUCAUUGUGGAUGGUCCUGGUAUCUGAUUGGCAAAUUUAUCAAAAAGAUGACCAUUAUAGCUCUUUAAAAUAUGUUUUACUGAAUUGUCGUAACGAAAUUUACUGCUGUAUUGAAAAUGGUAAAAUCUUGAAAUAUUUGUUCGAAUUGAACCGUUGGAUGAAAGUUUCAGAUUUUGAGCCCGUUGAAUAUGAAAUAAUAUGCUUCACGACUGAUGGAAAUAAAUUGUACAGAAUGUACCAGACGGAGCAAGUUGGUUUAGUUGGUGCUGAGACGAUCAGUUACACCAUCGAGGCUUACGAUUUCCAGCAAAAUUCUUGGGCUUCUGUACCUAACGUGAGGAGACUUUAUCGUUAUAAUGGAGAUGAAUAUUCUGACGAGUACGAGUGUAUACCUCGUGAACUAAUUUUCAUCAACAACUACGGUUUCGCUGUGUUAUUCAAAGACGUGUUAUGUACAUUUAAUCAAGAAACGCAACAUUGGCAUCCGGUGAUAUCACUACCUCACAACGACUCGAAUAUGUAUCAGGAAAAUAUUUCGAUUAUUAGCGGCAAUGAAACUGGUAAAAUAUUAUACGUUAUCAAUAAUCAGUUGUACUAUUUUUCUUUAACAAAUCAAAAUUGGGUAUUGAAGAAAGAAUGGCCGAUGGAAGUUGAUAUGGGAUUUGCAUCUCGCAAAGUACUCCCUUAUGAAAAUAUGAUUGCUAUUCAUAGAUAAGUAGGUAGUUCUAUUAUUCGCAUAUUAUAGUUGUUUCAGUUGUGUGUAUUUUUACUGCUGUGUGAAACGUAUCGUUAUCAAAGGCCAAUUAGUUGAGACAUUUCAGCCUUAUUAUAAUUACC